CUAGAAGUUACGUAUGUCUCGUGUGUUUCUGUUUACCUGUAGAUCAACUAAUCUCUACUAAGGUAGAAUUCGCCAGGCCAUAAAUUCAAAAGUGAAGCCCUGGAAAAUCAUGUUACAACUGCCUAAGAUCAUACUGACACAUGGAGAAAGGAGAUAAUACGUUGGCAACCAGCAUUGUUGUCGUUUUUUGCGGUUCACUAUGGUUGUUUUUACCCUACAUCCGGAGCUCGACAUGGAUACAACAAGCUGCUAUCCCAGGUUGCUUGGCGUUCGCCCGACGGGUUUUCGGAAGAGCAGACGAGCAUGCGAAUGAGGCCCUAGGCCAAGUAGAACUGAAUGGACCUUUAUCCGACGCAGAGCGCAAGCGGGCCCGAUGGCUGGCGUCGCUGCAGCAUGGCAGUAACGCAAGAGAGGAGGGCGAAGCGUCGCUGGAUGGUGUUGGAAGUGACGUUUCCCAGAAUACACCAAAGAAAGAGGACAUAUCGAAAAGUAGAAGAAAGAACACCAGUCAAACGAAGAGAUCACUCGGAAACAAGAAUUACAUGCCACCUGUAAAUCUUGAUGAACCGCAUCCGCAUGAAGGCGGAGAGGAUCCACUAGGGUGUUUCCUCUCGCAGCUCGAUUUCUUCCUUUUUUGCAGCGUUCUCAGCUUUCUCGAUGUGCGUGCGUUGGCUAUGCUGGAAGCGACUGCAACCUGCGUACGCGCAAUGCAGGGUUUGCACGGUGAGCUGGUAUUCGAAACCGCGUGGCGAGUAUGCUAUGUACAACCGUACCUGGAACGCAACGUGACAAUUGCGGGCGUGCCCCGAAGCGUGCGUGAAGUCGAAAAAACGAGAAAAGCAAAGGAAAAUCAAAAUCUUCGUUCUACUCUGUCCCGGGGUUCAUCUUCCUCCGAUUCCCUAGGAGGAGCUCCGACGUCAGUCAGUGACCUCGAGAGCCUAUAUUACAUCGGCGGAGAACAAGUGUCUGUGUCGGAUAGUCACGAAGAAGGUCACGCUGCAGACACAAAGACAGAAAACUUUACCUUACCUUCUGGGCAAGAACAUCAACAUACAGAUACAACUAGAGGAGAAGUCACAGACGCGCAGACGAGGACCACUGCCUCUGCGGUGCUUGCGGCUAGCCGGCAGGUACGAGAUGUUUGGCGAAGGCGAUGCAUCCAGAGGGAACAAGCGACGUGGAGGAUCAGUAGGAUGGGUGAGGACGUUGGUUACCGGUAUGAAGGGGGAUUACUGGCUUUCACGCGUGACAGAUUGGAUCCAGACGUGCCCGCGGAAAUCCGACGAUCUCUGGAUGUGCAGGCGUACAUCCUAGCCCCACGCCCCCUUUCAUUGCACAUUUGCGCCCGAAUUCCCGAGAUGCAAUCGCCCGCUGCAGAACUGGAGGCUUUGGUGCGCCACGGUUGCAACACAUGUCGAAGUUUCUUUACUAGGCCAGUUUUGGACGGAGAUGGAUUCGCAGUAAGCAUGGAAAUGGUUUCGGUAUCUGCAACUGUGCUCUUCGGCCUUAGAGAGCCAACGGCAUUCACUAUGAUUGAAGAGGGAAUUCUAAAAAACGAACCCGCCAGUUGUACUUAUCGUUACUGUGCGGACGUCGGUCUUCGUCCUCCUUUCUCGUCCAAUGAACAGUGUGUAGCUAUUGGUUAAAAACCUUCACCAAAAGUAAUAGUAACAAUUUACGUUAUUAACUACAUGAAUACGAGAGAGAGAAGAAAAGCGAAGCACGCAAAAUAGUAGAAAAUCAAGAGGAUCACGACCACCUCACCUCCAGCUUGAUUAAACCCAUACAUAGUACAUCUACAUAGUGAUCGUAUUGCUAUUGGCUUCCUGCUUCUUCAUGCACAUGCUCCUCGGGAUUAAACGAGUCGUCCAGCAAGCGGCCUUUUCUAGCAAAGAGUCCUACCACGCGUGGCAUGUACCCCUGACAACAACGUUCCCAGGUAACGGGUGGCUAUCUCUCGCCAUCCAGGUCCUCGAACACCGAGAAAAUCUAAGCAGUCUUCUCUGUAGUGCAAAGCCUCUGUAUACCAUAACGGUAGACGACGACCCGGAUCCAGAUGUUAUGGUCCUACAGCACUUCAAUGGGUCCCUUUUGCGAGCUUCCUUAGCGUCAACAGGAUUGCGCUUCGUCCAACCCGAAAGUACAGUCGAGCAAUUAUGAAGGCGAGCACUUCUUGUUCUUGUUUUAUUUUUUCCUCCUCGACGAGUACAUGUAGAUUUACAUGAUGGAAAUGUACAUGAUGUAUAAUAUGUACCAGUACCAGACACAGCGAACUAGGACUAGGACAUCUCUUAUAAUUUAUUAUGGCCUGUUGACGUCCUCACGAGGAUCGCAUGUGGAGACGUAUCAGAUUCAUUCCUAGCGCUAAUUCUCGAAAGCAGUAGGGGACAGCAAAUGGUCGCGGUUGCCUUGCGCUUUUUCAUGCAUUUUAUUCAUGACGACCUGACACGCAUUUUGCCACUACGCCUACCGGAUGGCCGCGAUUUGCUUCCUUCACUCGCGGAUGAAAAUACAUGAUUGCUGUGACUCAAUAUUCAAGCGUGCCAAGCUUUUUUUCAGUGCUUCCAAAUGGAUCCAUGUUGAUCUGUAUGACGAUGUUCAACUCCGUGACAUUGCCAGAGGCACAUAUUCUUCGCUGUCGUGGUGACAGAAGAUUUAUUUAAUUAUAUAUAAAUAUUUGGUAUAAUUCGGAAAGAAUGUUGGCGAAGACAUAGACAAUAAAAUUGAAGAAGAACGAACUUCACGCAUGAUUGUUUCGGUGGAAUAAACGUUGAAGAGCCUGCUUCGUCUGCUCGCCAUGUAGAACAU